UGCUAAAGAAAUAUUUAAAGAAGAUAAUUCUUUAAUAUUUCAAAAAAAAUUAAAAGACACUUUAACUCAAAAUAGAGCAUAUAUGUUAAAACCUUAUGAUUAUUGUAAGAAGCAUCCAGAUUGUUAUUGUGAUUUCUUUGAUAUUAAUCAUCAAUGCAAUAAAUGUGAUUUAACUUGUGAAAGAAAAAUUGCAACUUGGGGCAGAGGCACUUUACCCAAAAAAAUCAUUGGUCCAUUUGAAUUUGGCAAAUUUAGAGAAAUUGAAAAGAAAUAUACUAAAAAGAGAAAAUUAGAUAUAAAUGAAUUAAAAGCUAAUGAAUAUUUAG